AUGAAGAUGCUCCUGUGGGCCCUCCCCCUCCUCGCCGUUGCCUUUGCUGAUGAGCCGGCCACCAAGAAGCCGUUCGACCAUGCGGCGGAAGCAGAGCUGCUCAAGUUCGCCAAGUCGGUGGGCCGUGCCAAGGUCGAGCAGGCCGCCGCCGCCGCGGGCACCGUCGAUGAGCGCAUCGCCGCCAUCACCGCCCUGGCCACCAAGGACGACCAAAAGGCGCUGCUCUCCAAGGUCGCCGACACGAUCAAGGAGCGCCUCCAGGCUGCCGUUGAUGUGGAAGCCAAGCUGGUCCCCGAGCAGAAGGCCGUCCUCGAUGCCGCCAAGGCCACCAAGGCCGCACACGACAACGAGGUCGCCCUCAUCAAGAAGCUCAACCACGAGCAGCAAGAGCAGGUCUUCCGCGUCAUCCACCCGCUCCGCCUCCGUGCCCCACACCAGCCCAACCACAAGAAGCCAGCCGGCACCGGCAAACCCUUCCUGGCCCACCACAAGUUCACCGGACGCCCCCAUUUCUCGCACAAGCCGUCCGCUGCCCCGGUCGCC